AUGGAUAUUCAAGAACCUUCUAAUGUAUCUGGUCUUCCAGACGAUGUUCUUAAAUUUUCAAAUGAUAAAUUUUUUGAUUAUAUACGUUUAGCAAUUGAUGAAGCAGCUGUAAAAAUCUUUGAAGCACAAGAGAUAAGAAAUAAUGCAGUAUUGGCUACAACAACAACAGAAGAAGUAUUAGCUAUAUUAGAUUGUGAUGUUGAAGAAUUACGUGAUAUUAAGAAAAAAUCUAAUCGACCGCUCUUUCAAACAUUUGGAAAAUCCAUAUACGAAGCUGAAUGGUUACCAUCAAACAUAAAUCAUCCAAAAGUAAUCUUACUCAAGAUAAAUAGUACCCGAGCAAGUAAAGAAGCACGGUUCUAUGUUGAUCUAAGCCGUCAUCCACACAUUGUUCGCACGUACGGUCUUGUGCAAGACGGUCAACAAGAAUCUCAACAAAAUUCAUCAGUUAUGUUAUUAUAA